AUGAUAGGAAAAAAAAUUAAUUAUCUCUUGGGUAAUACACUCAAGAAAUCUUCUAGAAAAUAUAGUACAUCUAAUUUAAUAAAUGAAAUAAAAAAUCAACCUUUAACUAAAAUUACAGAAUUAUCAAAUAAAAUGAAAGUAGCAACAAUACAAAAUAAUUGUGAAGUUCCUACAAUUGGAUUAUGGAUAAGUAGUGGAAGCAAAUAUGAAAAUAAAAUGAAUAAUGGAGUAGCCCAUUUUUUAGAACAUAUGAUUUUUAAGGGAACACAUAAAAGAAAUAGAAUCCAAUUAGAAAAAGAAAUUGAAAAUAUGGGAGCACAUCUAAAUGCAUAUACUGCUAGAGAACAAACAGGAUAUUAUUUUAAAUGUUUUAAAGAUGAUGUUAAAUGGUGUAUUGAAUUAUUAAGUGAUAUAUUAACGAAUAGUAUAUUUGAUGAGCAGCUUAUAGAAAUGGAAAAACAUGUUAUUUUAAGAGAAAUGGAAGAAGUUGAAAAAUCAACAGAUGAAAUUAUUUUUGAUAAAUUACACAUGACUGCAUUUAGAGAUCAUCCAUUAGGAUAUACUAUUUUAGGUCCAAUUGAAAAUAUAAAAAAUAUGAAAAAAAAUGAUAUAUUAAAUUAUAUUCAAAAAAAUUAUACAUCUGAUAGAAUGGUUUUAUGUGCCGUUGGUAAUGUAAAUCAUGAUAAUAUUGUCAAGUUAGCAGAACAACAUUUUUCUAAUAUUAAACCACAAGAUGAAAAGGGUCUUAUUUUUAAAAAAGAAUUUGAUAAAAUAAAACCAUUUUUUUGUGGAUCAGAAAUUAUAAUGAGAGAUGAUGAUUCAGGACCAAAUGCUCAUGUAGCUGUAGCUUUUGAAGGUGUUCCUUGGACUUCUUCAGAUUCUAUCACAUUUAUGUUAAUGCAAUGUAUAAUAGGAACGUACAGAAAAAAUGAAGAAGGUAUUGUACCUGGCAAAUUAUCAGCAAAUAGAACUAUUAAUAAUAUAUCUAAUAAAAUGACUGUAGGAUGUGCUGAUUAUUUUACAUCUUUUAAUACAUGCUAUAACAAUACUGGCUUAUUUGGUUUUUAUGUACAAUGUGAUGAAUUAGCUGUUGAACAUGCAGUUGGUGAAUUAAUGUUUGGAAUCACAUCUUUAAGUUAUUCUAUAACUGAUGAAGAAGUUGAACUAGCCAAAAUACAUCUAAAAACACAACUUAUUAGUAUGUUUGAAUCAUCAUCAACAUUAGCAGAAGAAAUAUCAAGACAAAUACUUGUAUAUGGUCGCCCAAUUUCUUUAGCAGAAUUUAUUAUUAGAUUAAAUGAAAUAGAUGCUGAAGAAGUUAAAAGAGUUGCUUGGAAAUAUUUACACGAUCGUGAUAUAGCAGUUGCUGCAAUGGGCGCUUUACAUGGCAUGCCUCAAUAUUUUGAUCUCAGACAAAAAACAUACUGGCUUCGAUAUUAA